GCUCGCCUUGUCUUCUUCUUUUCCGGUGGCAGCCGGGGCAGUGAACGAGGGGCAGCUCUUGGCUCCUAUUUGAGGCGGCUUCGCUCGGUUCUGAUCUACCGCACCGCACCACCACACCACACCAGGGGGCUGCCGCUUCUUGGGCUUCUCCAUCUCCUCUCCUUGGUUGGUUCUCUACUAGAGAGGCGCAGCUGCAGGGAUCCUUGGUGGAGAGGAGGGAAGAAGAUGUCGGGUGCUGCACUGGUCGCGAUUGCGGCUUCCAUCGGCAAUCUGCUGCAGGGGUGGGACAAUGCCACCAUCGCUGGUGCUGUCCUGUACAUCAAGAAGGAAUUCCAGCUCGAAAAUAAUCCGACUGUGGAGGGGCUCAUCGUGGCCAUGUCGCUCAUCGGUGCAACCAUCAUCACCACAUUCUCCGGGCCAGUAUCAGACUGGGUUGGCCGGCGCCCUAUGCUCAUUCUCUCUUCGCUUCUCUACUUCCUCAGCGGCCUAAUUAUGCUAUGGUCACCCAAUGUCUAUGUGCUGCUCCUGGCACGCCUUGUCGAUGGCUUUGGUAUCGGCUUGGCUGUCACGCUGGUGCCUUUGUACAUCUCAGAGACGGCUCCUUCGGAGAUUAGGGGACGGCUCAACACGCUUCCACAGUUCAGUGGGUCAGGAGGGAUGUUCUUGUCAUACUGCAUGGUGUUCGGGAUGUCACUCUUGCCAUCACCUGAUUGGAGAAUUAUGCUGGGGGUUCUCUCAGUUCCGUCAUUGUUUUUCUUCAUCUUGACGGUAUUUUACCUGCCAGAAUCUCCGAGAUGGCUUGUCAGCAAGGGCCGAAUGGCAGAGGCAAAGAAGGUGCUGCAAAGAUUACGGGGAAGGGAGGAUGUCUCAGGAGAAAUGGCCCUUCUUGUUGAAGGUUUGGAGGUUGGAGGAGACACCUCCAUUGAGGAGUACAUAAUAGGACCAGCUAAUGACCCAGCUGACGAUCAUGUUGUUGAUGGCGAUAAUGACCAAAUAACACUAUAUGGGCCUGAAGAGGGCCAAUCAUGGAUUGCUCGACCUUCCAAGGGACCCAGCAUGCUUGGAAGUGUGCUUUCUCUUGCAUCUCGUCAUGGCAGCAUGGUGAACCAGAGUGUGCCCCUUAUGGAUCCUCUAGUCACGCUUUUCGGAAGUGUUCAUGAGAACAUGCCUCAAGUUGGAGGAAGCAUGCGGAGCACAUUGUUUCCUAACUUUGGCAGCAUGCUCAGUGUGGCAGAUCAGCACCCAAAAACUGAGCACUGGGAUGAGGAGAACGUUCAUAGGGACGAUGAAGAAUAUGCAUCUGAUGCUGGAGGUGACUACGAAGAUAAUGUCCAUAGCCCGCUGCUGUCACGACAGACCACAAACACGGAUGGGAAGGACCAUGGUCACCAUGGAAGCACUUUGGGCAUGAGAAGGAGAAGUCUCUUGGAAGAGGGUGGGGAGGCAGUCAGCAGCACUGGUAUUGGUGGGGGGUGGCAACUCGCAUGGAAAUGGUCGGAGCGACAAGGCGAGGAUGGCAAGAAGGAAGGAGGCUUCAAAAGAAUCUACUUGCACCAAGAGGGGGUGGCCGACUCAAGAAGGGGCUCUGUUGUUUCACUUCCUGGUGGGGGUGAUGCCACGCAAGGGGGCAGUGGGUUUAUACAUGCUGCUGCUUUGGUAAGCCACUCGGCUCUUUACUCCAAGGAUCUUAUGGAAGAGCGUAUGGCGGCCGGUCCAGCCAUGAUUCAUCCAUUGGAGGCAGCUCCCAAAGGUUCAAUCUGGAAAGAUCUGUUUGAACCUGGUGUGAGGCGUGCAUUGUUCGUCGGCGUUGGAAUUCAGAUGCUUCAGCAGUUUGCUGGAAUAAAUGGAGUUCUCUACUAUACUCCUCAAAUUCUGGAGCAAGCUGGUGUGGCGGUUCUUCUUUCCAAUCUUGGCCUCAGUUCAGCAUCAGCAUCCAUCUUGAUCAGUUCUCUCACCACCUUACUCAUGCUCCCAAGCAUUGGUGUAGCCAUGAGACUUAUGGAUAUAUCUGGAAGAAGGUUUCUGCUACUGGGCACAAUUCCCAUCUUGAUAGCAUCCCUAAUUGUUUUGGUUGUGUCCAAUGUUAUCAACUUGAGUACGGUGCCCCACGCUGUGCUCUCCACAGUUAGCGUCAUUGUCUACUUCUGCUGCUUUGUCAUGGGCUUUGGCCCGAUCCCCAACAUUCUAUGUGCAGAGAUUUUCCCCACCAGAGUCCGUGGUGUCUGCAUCGCUAUUUGCGCCCUCACAUUCUGGAUUUGUGACAUUAUUGUUACCUACAGCCUGCCUGUGAUGCUGAAUGCUAUUGGUCUAGCGGGUGUCUUUGGUAUAUAUGCAGUCGUUUGCUGCAUUGCCUUUGUGUUCGUCUACCUAAAGGUCCCAGAGACAAAGGGCAUGCCCCUCGAGGUCAUCACCGAGUUCUUUGCGGUUGGGGCGAAGCAAGCGCAGGCCACCAUUGCCUGAUUCAUCAUGGAGCUUUGUUUUCAGUUUGCACACUGCGGUCUGCGCUGAAAAUUGCAAAUUGGACGGGUCCUCGUGAGGAACGGAAAAACUUUUGAGUUGUAAAUGAGAUAGCUACCCAAAGAGCUCAUCACGAGGAACGGGAAGCUGUAAAAGUAGGAGGAUUUCAUGCCCCCAUUUCAUCGUCUAUUAUUGCUUAUUAGUACUGUACUGUAAUCGUCAUUAGUUGCUGUAGGGUUGUUCAACUUGCUAAUCUGAUUCUGAACUACCAUGCUGAUGUCCGAAAUAAAGAAAAAGCAUGUUUUUUUUGUGUCAA